UGGUUCUAUGUCGUAAUGUUUACAUAACAAAAAAGUCCCAUUUCUUUUUGCUAAAACGAAAUUAGUUCAAACUUUCGAAUAAAAGUUCAAAAUUCAAAGUUGAAUCCUUCCUCUAUUCACCCCAUCGAUACCGAGCUUCUACUGCUGAUUCCAUUUCAAGCUAUGAACUGAUUUAGCAGGUACUGAGAUUAAACGAGAACUCGAAAUGGCUGAGAAACCAGCAACAACAAAAGUAUACACUGCCAAUAGUAGCGAUUCCAUCGAUUGCGCUGUCUGCUUACAGCAAUGCGUCUACCCUACAGUUCUACCCUGCGGUCAUGUAUUCUGUUAUCUAUGCAUCAAAGGACUCGGACGUACGACUAAAACUUGCGCUAUGUGUCGUAAAGAAUUCUCACCUGAUUUAUUAGAAAAUCCUACUCUGCUUCAUCCUAUCGAUUCAUCGUCAGAGCCAGCCUUCGACGACGGUCACCAAUGGUUCUACGAAGGACGGAAUGGUUGGUGGCAGUACGAUGAACGUACCAGUCGAGAUAUCGAGCUAUCGUAUAAACAAGGUGUAUCUACCUGCGAAGUAUCCAUCGCCGGAAAAAUCUAUACAAUUGAUUUCAACGAAAUGGAACAACGUCAAAAGCAAAAUGUCCUGAGAAACAGACGAAUAAAAAGAGAUCUCUCUAGCAUACCUAAGAAGGGCAUUUCCGGUAUUCGUACUUCAGUUCGAUCUCAUUCAAACGAUGAUUUAGAAACAAGAUUAGCCAUGAUGAAUUUAGAUGCAUCGGAUGAAUAAUUUUCGUUUUCUUUUUCUUCCUCUUUUCACUUUACUGUACAUAUUAUUCCUGCAAUUCUUUUCGUUAUUAAGUGUGUUCGUUUUAUUUAUUCCUGUUUUUUCCCCUCCUUAGUCCUUAUACUAAUUCAGAAGGUUGAAUCUUACGAAAGUUUUCGAUGCCAGUGAUCGAAGAAGUUGCAAAAUAAUUGCGACUGUGUUGAAUUUGCCAUCGACAUUGCCGGUAUAGAUUUCUAGAAUCGUAUUCUAGUCUUACAUCCAGAUGUAUCUCAAGUGUCUGAAGGAAUAGACCGAAAGAAAACUUCUAAAGUUUCUUCUCUUUCAGGGCGAGUAUUGUUUCGCAAUUUUCUUUGAGGAAAUUCAAUUUUACUAACGUUGUGAUUUCAGUAUGUAAAAAGAUAACGAACAAAGUUCUGAACCAAAUUUGCACCAGAUUUAAGGUUUUCUAUUUUAAGCAGUUACCAACCCAUCGAGUUUUUCAAACAGAGUAUUAUUCAUCUUUUUUGUUCAAAACAACUACAUACCUGUAAUUUUUAUCAUCGUAUUGAGGAUUUUUAAUGAAUAUAUAGAAAUAACGAUGAUGAUAGUAUUUUAUCCCCAGUAUUACCAUUUCAAUUUUAAAAAUUACCUACCCAUUUAAUAACAAUUGUGAUAAGUAUUUAUUUUUACUGCCGUUGAAACAAGUUGAUCAUUUUAUUGUAUUUGCAUUACUGAGUUAUUGAUUGAUUCAUUUUCAUUCAUUGUUAAUUUACCUAUAAAGUUGAUAUUUUUAUUAAUAUUUAAUUAUUUAUUUAACACGAAUAAUUGUAUACUACACAAAUUAUGAAGGCGAUGUAUUUUUCAAAAAAAAAAAAAAAAAAAAAAAAAAGAAAAUCAUAAAA